GGCCAGCUGGCCCGGCCGUCAUUGUUGGGAAAGCCGGCCAGGUUCUCGUUGAGUUUACCUUUGCACAGCCAGCAGCACGUCACCGUUUUCUUCCCGAACUCAGUUUUCACCCCUCCAAACAUCUCUUCCGCAACACCCUCUCAUGCACCCGCGCAUGGAGCUCUAAUCUGCCAGCAAAGACGAUGGCUCCGCGCAAGCGACAGCGGCCAAAUCCACAGGUGCUGCGAUCGGAAUCCUCAGCGGCACAAUCACAGGAACGCUCCACUGCAGCCGACGCGACGAGUACCUCGGGACAAAUCGCAGCCAACGACCGACAAAUGCCGUUCAAAGCCCCCUCCAACGGCAGCAUCAGAACACUUCCUAGCACGCUGAACUCACCAUCGAUUCGAAAGUCCCAGAGUUGGUACGGCUCUUGGCAACGCCCUGCUAAAGCUACAGCAUCUACGUCAUUGGCUCGUGAAAAUAUACUUGGCGAUACGUUUCGCCCACCAGCUGCUGAGAUUGUCCGAUUUGAUUCGAAAGCUUCCGAGACUGCUAGCGUUCGAAGUGCAGCUGGCAGCCUUGCAGCACAGUCUCUACAACCACUGAACGGGACCCCGGACAAACUAGUAGACGAACCACCGAAGCUACUCGCAGAAUCAGAACCAGAACAACCAAAGAUACUGGAAGAGGCAGCGGCUGAACCAAGUGUUGGUACACAGACACUAGUGACAGAAACUCCAAAGGCAGAAGGAGUACCUCCAUCUACACCACAGCCGUCAAAUCAGGCGUCAGGCUGGACAGGCUGGUUCUCCAAGACCCCUACGGUGGCACCGACAACAAGCAAAUCUACCGAGGCUGAAGAGCCCUCGAAGCCUGUAGAAGAAACGACUCAGCCACCGGAACCUGUUGCACCUACGCCUGCUGCAGCGACGACCACUGAGUUGCCAUCGAACCCAGUCACCAUCCCAGAGAGUACGACAUCACGUCCUACUUCGUGGUUCGGCUUCUGGCCAGGAACACCUUCUAGUGCUGCAGAUAUGAAAUCAGCAUCAGAAAAGGACCAGAAACCAGAUGGGUCUAGCAAUGCACCUGAGGCGGAGGAUGUGGUAAUGAAGGAUGCUCCUGAACCAGGUGCAGAAGCAGUUACAGAAGAAACGAAACCCCUACCUCCUCCGAAGGCGGGCUCUACAUGGGCCUUUUGGUCAAGAGAGGCCCCCAAAGCACAAGGAGAUGUACCACCGAAUGAAGCUGGUGAAAUUGCUGUCAUUGGACAAGGCUCUGAGAGCCACCCCGAGCCCAUGGCUGAAAACUCAGUUUCCGGUGAUGCUUCGAAAUCUAAGACGCCUGCGAAACAAAAUGACACCCAAGCAACGUCGAAGAAGAACAAGCGAAGCAGACCUGCCUCUAUCGGCGAUUCACAGCCAGGAUCUGGAACCUCUACGCCUACCAAAGAACAGUCUAAAGCACCGGCAACACCCAAAGAUGUAGCCAAGACGCCGACGGUAACAUCAACACCGAAAGGCCAAAAUUCAGCUGAGAGUGAGCAGGCGUCUACGUCGCGGCCAAACUUGCUGCUCCCCUCGUUUACUAGUACAUACCGUAUGAAGGAGAACCCCUCCAUUCUACAACAACUGUCGGCCUUUCUGCUUCGCACAUCGCAACCGCCCUCCAACCAUGUAUUCAAAGCACAAGAAACGCCCAAGAUCAAGAAGGCCAUUGCUAUUGGUGUCCAUGGGCUAAUGCCUGCGGCUUACUUGCGGCCAAUGAUUGGUCAACCCACAGGUACAUCGCUACGUUUUGCGGGCUUGUGCUCCGAUGCCAUCCGUAAGUGGGCGGAUGCUAACGGAUGCUCGGGCUGCGAGAUUGAGAAAGUGGCACUGGAAGGAGAAGGGCGUAUCAAUGAGAGAGUUGAGAACCUGUGGACUCUGCUGCUCAACUGGAUUGACCAUAUUCGCAAGGCUGACCUUGUCAUUAUGGCAUGCCACUCACAGGGUGUCCCCGUCAGCAUCAUGCUGCUGGAAAAGCUGAUUGAUCUUGGUAUCAUCACCAAAGCCAAAAUUGGAGUAUGCGCCAUGGCUGGUGUAUCUCUUGGUCCGUUUCCCGACUACAAGUCGUCCCUGCUUAUAGGUUCGGUGCCGGAGCUGUGGGACUUUGGUAACCCGCAAAGUGCGAAUGCGCAGCGCUUUGAAAAGUCACUGAAAAGAGUUCUUGACUACGGCGCUAGAAUCACAUUUAUCGGAAGCAUUGAUGACCAGGUCGUUCCCAUGGAGUCUGCUGUCUAUUCUCCCGCUUCACACCCGUACAUCUACCGCGCCGUCUUUAUUGACGGACGCGUACACGCACCAGACUUUAUCGCCCAUCUGGUUGGGUUUGCCCUUAAGCUUCGCAACCUUGGAGUCUCAGACCAUGGCCUGAUCCGCGAACUCUCCGUUGCCCUCGCUGGCUCUCUCUACUCGGGCGAAGGCCACUCGCGGCUGUACUUUGACAGCGCUGUCUACGACCUCGCCAUUACACACACGCUUGAAACCACGGAUAUCUCGCAACCGACCCCCUGUGAGAUCCGCCACCACGCCCCAUCGACCUCAGUAGCACCAGGUGCUCUCCCUCUUGCCUCGGCGAAUCCAUACUUCUUGCCGUGGACCAUGCGUGGUAUGCUAGAGGAGGACUUUGUCAAGACUGAGUUGAGCAGUGAGACUGAAGAGCUGCUACGGCAGUUUGACGACUGGAAGCCGACUAACAAGGCUCUCAAGGACGUCAAGUACCGUCUGGAAGCGGUGCGGUCCAAAUUAUAAUGUUGGCGAGGGGGCAUGAUUUCUACGAUGUCUUGUUUUAGGAUUGCGAUUACAGGAUAAGCACAAGCCUUUUUGUUUUUGGCGUUUCUUUGGAUUAUUAGAGUAGAUAUACAUACAUGAAUACACACACACACACAAUACAUGAACCUUGCUGCGUCUUAUGCACUAGUCGAUCUGUUAUUUCGAAUAAUCGUAAAGUAUGUAUGCAUUGUACAUGUCUAUUGAUACACGGGCGAUGCCCAAGGGGCGAGUUCCUAUAUUUCCCAUCAUUACACCCAGUUAGUUUACCUAGUUCAGCUGCUGUCUUCUUUAUGCACGCUUGCCGAGCUUCCAGCCAUCGAUGCGAUCCUGGAUCUGGUCCCAAGUCAUGGUAUGGCUAGUGAGGCCGUACGCCUGAGCCUCUUGGAGAACAAUGGUAGGCGCACCGCUGCCGCCGCCAAUGUUGUUGACACCGCCAUCGACAACCAUGCUAGCUACGCGGCGCAGAUCCGCCACCGUAAGCUCCUCGAUGCGGCGGCACAUGUCGCGCACGGGGAUCUUGCGGCCAUGGACCUGGACGCUGCGGCCGAGAUCCUCGAGCUCGACCAUACGGGACUCGAGGUUCAUGAGCAAGCUCGAGCGCAGCUGGUUCUUGGCGCGCGAGACCUCGCCCUCCUGCAGUCUAGAGAAGCCCGUCUCGAGGGUCAGCGCGCGCAGUUCCUGGCACAUGACGUCGAGCAUGGCGGACGUGUGGCCCGGCAGGCAGGACGCCGAGAUACCGAAGAGGCCGGAGUCGGUGUAGGAGUGGUUGAAUGCGACGCACGACUCGACCCAGCCGUGCUGGUUGAGUACGUUUGUAUAGAGGCGCGAGUACAUGCCCUUUCCGGGGCCGCCGGCUGAGAAGGAGCCGCCGCCGCCAAGCAGUGUCUGCAGCGUGGCGAGCGCGUAGAUGUCCUCCGAGGCGACGGGCAGGCCCUCAAAGGCAAGGUGGAUGUGCGUAAAGUUGGUCUUGUUGAGCGACGGGGGCUGCGGUGGCAGCGACAGGAAGCCGCCGGUGUAGACGGCGGGCUGGAGGGUUUCCGCGAGGGAUGGCGGCGUGGAGAGGACGGCGGCGUUGUGGGGAGCAGAGGUGGACAGGUUCUUGAAGAAGGGGACUUUGGUGAUGAGGCGCGAGGAGGAAGAGGAGAGGGAGGAUGUUUCUGAGUCGCUGGACGCAGCGCUGGUUUCUGAGCCACGGCGAGACGCAGGCCACGACGGCGCCUUCAUGUCGCCAAAGAACUGCUCCGCCAGACGCACAGCCUCUGCGUGCUCGACGCCCGCAAAGGCAACCACCGUGCGGUCCGGGCGGUAAAACAGGUCGCGGUACGUGAGCACCGUGUCGCGGUUAAUGCUGCCGAGUCUGUCCUCGGGACACAAGAGCGGAUUGCCCAGCGUGUUGUCCUUGAAGGCCGCGGUGUGUACCAGCUCGGGGAGGAUGAGCUCGGGCUUGCUCCAGAUUUCGGCAAUCUCGUAUCGCGCCGUCUCGAUCUGCUCGGCGACCUCGUCCUCUGUGAUCUUGGGCUCGCGGAUCGUCUCGGCAAGCAGCUCGACCGUCUGCGGGACGGCAUUGUUGAACGUGGCCGCCUGGUACAUCAUGGACUCGCGGGAGCUCGCGCACUGGAUGUUGCCGCCGAGCGCCUCGACCUGCUCGAGCAUCUCGUCGGCGGACCGCGACGCCGUCGACUUGAAUGCCAGACGGUCCAUGAUGUGCGAGACACCGCGGAUCGACUGGUUCUCGAAGCGCGAGC